AUGGAAACUGUAUUUUACAAAAGAGAGCCUGCUAAAAGAGUUUUUGCCAAUCGUAAUCUUCGUUUAGAAAAAAUAAAUUGGUUUGGUUUUGAUAUGGAUUAUACUUUAGCAAUGUAUAAAUCACCAGCAUUUGAAAAUCUUCAAUUUGAAUUAACUGUUAAACGUCUAGUUGAAAUAGGUUACCCUAGUGAAUUUUUAAAUUUUCAAUAUGAUCCUAUCUUUCCAACUAGAGGUUUAUGGUUUGAUUUUACUUAUGGUAAUUUAUUAAAAGUUGAUGAAUUUGGUCAUAUUCUUCGUGGUAUGCAUGGCCUUUGUUGGUUAUCAGCAAAUGAAAUUGAAGAAUUAUAUCCUAAUAAAUUUUUAACUUUAAAUGAACAAAGAGUUUAUGUUUUAAAUACAUUAUUUAAUUUAUCUGAAACUCAUCUUGUGGCACAAAUAAUUGAUUUUUUUGAUAAUAAAAGUGAAUAUCAACAAAAUCCUGAAAAGACUGGUGUUCGUAAUGGUGAUCUUAAUAUGUCAUAUAAAUCAAUUUUUCAAGAUAUACGUAAGGCAGUAGAUUAUGUUCAUUUACAUGGAUCAUUAAAAGAAAUUGUUGUAAAUAAUUUCGAUGAGUAUGUUGAAAGGGAUGAACGUGUAAGAAAAAUGUUAAGUGCGUUGAAAGAGAAUGGAAAGAAAACAUUUCUUUUAACUAAUUCAGAAUAUGGUUAUACUAAUGGAUUAAUGUCUCAAUUAUUAGGUGAAAAUUGGACAUCCUAUUUUGAUAUAACAGUUGUUGAUGCUAGAAAACCAUAUUGGUUUGCUGAAGGUUCUGUUUUUAGAGAAGUUAAUACAAAAACAGGAUCAUUAAAAAUUGGUGUUAGAAAUGGUCCAUUAAGUUCUGAACAUGUUUAUUCUGGUGGUAAUUGUGAAGCAUUUAGAAAAUUAGUUAAAUGUCGUGGUAGAGAUGUUUUAUAUGUUGGUGAUCACAUUUUUGGAGAUGUUUUAAAAUCAAAAAAAAGUCGUGGAUGGCGUACAUUUUUAGUUGUACCAGAACUUGUAAAUGAAUUAAAUGUAUGGACAAAAGGAAGACAACUUUUUGAAAAAAUGGAUAAAAUUGAAUGUUCAUUAGCUGAAGCAUAUAUGACACUUGAUGGAACAACAAAAAGAAAACCUGAAACGGCAUAUCUUUUACAAAAAUUAAAAGAAACAACUAAAGAUAUGGAUGCUGAAUACGGUGUAUUUGGAUCAUUGUUCCGGUUAGGAACUUGUCAAACAUUUUUUGCAUCACAAGUAGAACGUUUUGCAGACAUUUAUGCAUCUAGUUGUGUUAACUUGUUGUACUAUCCAACAUUUUACUUUUUCCGGUCUCCAAUGACAUUAAUGUCACAUGAAUUAACUGUUGAUCAUAGCUCAAUACUUCAUCAUUCUGGUGCUAAAGGAUUUUAUCAUCAAGAUACAUUAGGUGAAAAAGUACGAGGUUGGAAUCGUGGAAAAUCUCUUACAAAAUCUACUACUUUUUGUCAUGAAGAUGAUGAUGAAGAAUUUUUGUCCUCACCAUCUUCAACAGAUCGUGAACAUUGUGAUGAUGAGAAAUCAGACAAUUCAAUAAAUGAAAAAGUAGACGGAACUGAUAAAAAUUUAACUGAAAAUGACUUGACAAAUAAAGACAUUGUCUCUAAACCGGGCAUACAAAUUGACAAUUUAUAA